GAAUAUAUUUUUUUUGUGAGGAUAUAAAUUUUUUAAUUAAAAUUUAAUUGAUAAUAAAAAUUUAAGGAAAUUUUUCAAACGAUGGGAGAUCAACAUUGGAUGUAUCAUCGUUUAGAUGAUAAUGACUGUUUUGUUGAUGAAUUCAAAUUUGGCGUGGAGUAUUUCCUAGAUUUUGCAUUUUCCCAGUCCAAUCCAAAAUUUUGUAGUAGAAAUCGCAUUAGGUGUCCAUGCAGGAAAUGUAUGAAUGGUGAAUGGCAUCGUCGUGUUACUGUUCAGUGUCAUUUGAUAGAUAAAGGUUUUAUGAAUAGGUACGUAGUUUGGCUUGCACAUGGAGAGCAAUUAGUGAGAAACCGACAUCAGUGGGGGGAAUCCUCGAGGGCAACUCCUUUUGUGAUGGAAGAACCAGGUAAUGAUCCAAUUAGGGAAAUGGUUAUGGAUGCAAUAAGUUCACAUGGUAUAGAAUAUAAUAUGAAUGAUCAGGCCAGUGAUCAGCCAAUCUUUGAGGAGGCAAUAGGAGAUGUAAAGGAAUUUUUUGAUCUUUUGCAAGCUGCUAAUACACCACUUUAUGAAGGAUGUGAUGAGGGUGAUACAGUACUUAAAUGGGUGUCUCAUUUUAUGAAUGCAAAGACACUUUAUAAUAUGAGUGUGGCUAAUUGGGAUUAUGUGUUAAAGUGCAAUAGAAGAUGGAUUAAGCCAGAGGAUCGAGAUAGGAUUUCAAAAGAUUUUUACAGUGCUAAAAAGAUAAUGAGGCGCUUUAGUCUAAGUUAUAAGAAGUAUGAUGUUUGUGUAAAUAACUGCUUCUUGUAUUAUGGUGAAUAUGAAGACAAAAACUACAUCACAUGUCUAGUAUGCGGUGAACCUCGUUAUAAGGAGGCACAUGUGCAGCAAAAUCAAUAUAUACCAAGGAAGUCAUUGUGGUACCUCCCGAUUACACCUAGACUGAAAAGGUUGUAUAUGUGUAGAAAAACUGCUGAGCGCAUGACAUGGCACCUUACUUGUAGUGGUGAAUCUAAAAAGAUUGUGCAUCCUACCGGUGCAGAGGCAUGGAAACACUUUGAUCGCACCUACCCUGACUUUGCAUCCGAUCCAAGGAAUGUAAGGCUUGGAUUGUGCACAGAUGGGUUCACUCCAUUUGGACAUACAGCAACCCCGUACUCAUGUUGGCCUGUAUUUUUUACUGUUUACAACCUACCUCCAGCAAUGUGUAUGAAACCGAAAUCCAUCUUUCUUUCUCUAAUCAUACAAGGGCCUCAAAGUCCAAGAAAAAACAUUGAUGUCAUGCUCCGCCCAUUGAUUGAUGAAUUAAAGGAACUUUGGUAUAAUGAGGUCCAAACAUAUGAUAGAUUUAGGCAUCAGCAUUUCAUUAUGAGAGCAGCACUUAUGUGGACAAUUACUGGCUUCCCUGCAUAUGGCAUGUUAUCUGGAUGGAGCACACAUGGUAGAUUAUCAUGUCCGUAUUGUCAAGAAAAUUUUAAGGCAUUUCACCUCCCAAAUGGUCGGAAGAUAUCAUUUUUUGAUUGUCAUCGACAGUUUUUACCCCUUGAUCAUCCAUUCAGAAAAAAUAGGAAUGAUUUUAGAAAAGGCCAUGUAGAGAAUGAUGCUCCACCAGAGAGAUUGUUGGGUGAUGAUAUGUUCCGACAAAUUCAGCAGUUGCUCGAUAUACUAUUUGGGAAGCCAUCCCAAAGGCAGUGUGUGAAUAUGCAAGAGGCGAAAGUUAACAGGAUGAAGAGUCAUGAUUGUCAUAUAUUCAUGCAAAGUCUCCUUCCAAUUGCAUUCCGUGACUUUCUCCCAAAACAAGUUUGGGAAGCACUUACAGAGAUCAGUGAGUUUUUCAGAACCUUAUGUUCUCCAGCCAUUCGUGUUAUAGAUAUGGAGAUUUGGCAUACAAAGAUUAUAGAAACAAUAUGCCAACUUGAAAGAAUUUUCCCUCCUCCUUUUUUUGAUUCAAUGGAGCAUCUAGCAAUUCACCUUCCAUAUGAAGCCAUGGUGGGGGGACCAGUGCAAUUCCGUUGGAUGUAUCCAUUUGAGAGACGAAUGCAUGGAUUGAAGGGUUCGAUGAAAAAUAAAGCUCGUCCUGAAGGAUCAAUAUGCGAGAAUUACAUGAGUGAGAUUUUAUACUUUAUCUCACUUUAUUUUGAAGGAGAAGUUGAGACAAGAAGUGAUCGCAUACCUAGAAAUCUUGUUGGCCUAGGUCUUUCUGUUAACAUUGGCCUUUCAAUAUUCAAUAAUCUUGGAAAACCAAUUGGUUCUUUACAACAACAGCGAGUGUUGACAAUGGAGGAGCGUAAUAAUGCAAUGUAUUAUGUUCUAAUGAAUUGUGCAGAAUUGAAAGGAUGGAUUGAGUGAGUGCAUUUCCUUAAUCCUUAUCCUUAACGACCUUUUGAGUAUGAAAUGAAUUGUUUUAAUUUAC